GAGAGACAUAAAUAAGAACAGUGAAGUGUACGAGACAAGAGUGAGAGAGGGAGAGAGAAGAGGGAGAGAAAAAGAGAGAGGGAGAGAGAGAGUCGCCAGCGUGGACCGGCACCUCGAAUAUCAAGAUGGAGCGAUUUUGGUUAAUAUUUACUCUCCUGACCUUCUCAAGUGCAAUGUCUCGGCGGCACCGGGACGCCACACCCUACAUUGACGAUGAGUCCCACCGCCUGUGGUCCUCAGACACCGCCGAGCUGCUGGAGGGUGAGACGGUCGACGCGCACGUUAUCCAGCAUCAUGACCCUUGCCAAGCACACUUCUGCGAGCGGGGUCGUGUGUGCCGCCUGAACCACAUCAAGGAGCCGCAGUGUGAGUGCCAGCCCUUCUGCUCCCGCCACCGCAAGCUUGUGUGUGGCAACGACGGGCGGCUGUACCUCAACCACUGCGAGCUGCACCGUGCCUCCUGCUUCACGGGCGCCCGCAUCCACAUCGACAGGAGCAGAAAGUGUUUUAGGAAAGGUUUGAUGCCCAUCACGUGGGACAACACACCGUCACCCGCCACGCCCGCGCCACGCACACGAGAGGAGAAGCUGGACCUCAAGCCGCUGCAGGUCCGAGAUGAUUUGACCCAGGGUGGCGGUGCAGUGCUGACCACACGCUCACCCUUAGAGAAGAAGGAGGAGGAAGUGAUGCUACAGGAUGAAACCACCCCCCGCAAGCCGGGUGAGCAGCGGGAGGGCCCACCGCCAGACAGCAGCAGUGACAGCAGUAGCGACGGCAGCAGCAGCAGCAGCGCCUCUCCCAGCAGCCUGUGUUCAUUGCAGCAGUAUGAGAUUCUUAAGGACAACCUGCUUCUGUACCACCACGCCCGGCUCAUGGCAGAGAAGGGUGGAACCUCCGAGCGCGAGUACCUGGUCAGCCUCAUGUUCUCCAAGUUUGACACCAACAACAACGGGGCACUCGACCGCUCCGAGCUGACACAGGUGUCGCAGGAGGAGGAGGUGAGUCGCCUGGCGGAGGACUGCUCGCUGGCCGACCUUCUCCACUACGACGACACCAACAACGAUGGACAACUCAACCUCAAUGAGUUCUAUACCGCCUUCAGUAAGUUGUACAGCGUGUCGGUGGUGUCCCUGGAUAAGGCCCUCGAGGUGAACCAGGUGUCAGCGCGCGUGGGGGACAACCUGGAGAUCAAGUGUGACGUCACUGGCACCCCGACGCCCCCUAUCGUGUGGCGCAGGAAUGGGCUGGACCUGGCGGCACUGAACUCUGAGGACAUCCGAGUGUUCAUGGAUGGCUCGCUGUACCUCACGCGGCUGCAGCUGGUCCACGCCGGGAACUACACAUGCCACGCCGACAGGAACAAGGACGUGGUACAGACGCACAUCCUCACAGUGCACACCGUGCCCACCGUCCAGGUGACACCACACAUCCAGAGUCUGCGGCCUGAGGAGGAGGCCGUGAUGAGCUGUCGGGCCACUGGUGAACCAUUCCCCAAGGUGGACUGGCUGAAGAAUGACGAGCCUCUACGCGUGGACAUCCCCCACAAGUACCAGGUGGUCGGCAACGGCACACAGCUUAGGGUCCGCAACAUUGGCUACGCAGACACUGGCGCCUACAUGUGUCAGGCCACCAGCGUUGGUGGCAUGGCUCGCGACAUCAGCUCUCUCAUCGUACAGGAAAACCCAGCCCCAACGGGUGAACAGCAGGAGAGCAGAGUGUUUGUGCACCAUGACUGGGGCAUCGCUGUGUACGAGCCAGACGAGUGCCGGCUCUUCCACGUGAUCCAGGGCACCGACGUCAUUCCCGGCACGCAGGAGUAUGUGUGUGGCGACAAAGGCACCAGAUGUUCCUGGGGCCGGGCCAUCAACGUGGCUGAGCGCUACAUCUACGUCACACAGCCACUCCUGGACCGGGUGCUGGUGGUGUCCGUGACGCAGAUGGUGGUGGUGGAUGUGAUUGUAACGGACCAGUACCCUGUUGACCUGUCCUACGUACCCAACUUGGACCAGGUGUGGGUGCUCAACUGGCGCUCUACCAGGGAUGAGGGAGGCAAGACCAUACAGGUGAUUCGCGACGCUUCUCAGAAGAAGAAGCACCACACAGUGCACCCAGAACCCAUUGAUGGCCACUUUGAUCUUGUGGAGAACCUCUUUGUUCCUUCCACUCAGGACCUUGGACAUGAGUUCCACCACGCCUAUGUCACCCACACCAACCAGCGUGGCCUCUACAAGCUGGACCUGGCCAACAUGAAGUAUGUGAAGACUGUUGACCUCACGCCUUACAACUGCGUCCCACAGCAUCUGGUCUUCUCCUCUCUACAUGGCCUGGUGGUGAUGAAUUGCCAGGAGCCGGUGACAAGAAGGCGCACAGGGCAGCUGGUGUUGGACUACCUGACAGACGCCGUGCUGAGCCACAAACCACAGCUCACCGGCGAGCCCCACGUGGUGCCAGACUCCUCCCUCGCCAUCACUGUCGACACACAGAACCACGUCAAGAUCGUCGUACAGAAAGUCACAGACCACGGACUCGACUACAUGUUUGACGUCACCACAACCCUCAACGUGAGCGAUGUGACGUUCUUCCCCUCUCGCCUCACCCACAGCUAUGACCUGUUCGCAGCAUCCACAGACAAGGACGACAUAUUCUUCCUGGACCUCCACACUGGUAAAGUUGAGAUGAUCACAGGUGUCGGUCGGGCCAUGUCGGCCGACCAUGCCCAGUGGAAGAACACCAACCGACCCAUCGUGUCCUCGGGGGUGUUUGGACGCUUCAUGGUCUCCCCGGCAGAGUCAGCCAUCUUCGUCAUCAAUGGCGAAACCAGAACAGUCAACUGCGAGAUCGGCUCCCUCUUUCACCCUCGCCUGGCUGUUUGGGUCACCAGGAAAUACAUUUAAGUUGAUUUAAGUCGUUGUCGCUUCACUCUUCACCACACACUCAAUAGGACUUACCUUUCACCUGGAAUGAACAGACGUACGUAGUUAGUAAGCAUAAUUGUGAGGCUUAAAAGAGGAUAAACUAGAUUGCCUAUAAAUAUAAGAUCACCAAAGAAAAAAAAUGAAUUUGACUGAAAGAGCUGUUUAAGUCAUAGGCUUUUGAUUGCUCAGUUUGUUCCAAGUCUUUACCUCAGCGGAUGUGUCGGCUUGUGUUAGCUUGUAGAAUUAGAGGCGUCAAGCUGUCCCUGGGUGAAGUAGAGUGUUGACUUGCUACACGUUGUGGUAAGGAGGAGUGCUGCAAUGUCGCCUAUUCAUCAUUCUUUGUAUAUAUAUGUCAGGCAAACUGAGCGCUCAACAGCAGUAGUUCUUGGCCUUUUCAAAGUGAUGAACCCUUAGAAAAUAUGGUGAGUCAUGGACCACUCCCUUUGAUUUACAUUGAUGAGAAACUGUUCUAGAAGUCACAGCUUGAUGUCAGUUGUACAUCUUCCCAACAGUGCUAUCUCACUAAAUUACACUCAUCUUCAAUAAGCUAUGACUCUCAUAAAGGCCCAUAUUCUCGACACUUUUGGCUCUCACAACAAAUAUUUAUAAAGGCCACAAAGGAGAUUAGUUGGGUGCUCAUGAGUUUGUUUUCAUGAUCAUGGUGCAGAAGCCUUGUCAAAUGUCACUAGACUCAUGAGACUUUCCAUGGAUAUAUACUUACAACCUCUAUGAAAGCCUUACCAAAUGUGGGUGUGUAAGCUCUGAAAAGUUUGAGAAUAUGGGUCAUAAUACCAUCUACAUUUUUACAGCAAGAAAGUGAUUCAGACAUGAUUUUUUUGCAUAUGCACCCAGUUCACUGACCCCCUGAAGCCCAUCCAUGGAUGCCUUGAGAAUCUACAGACCACUGGUUAAGAAAGCCUGUCUUGACGGUUCUGUAAAAUGCAUAUCAUGUUUGCAUUUAUGUGUGAACUGUAUGUGGUUCCAAGGUGCAGUGUUCAGUGUGCCUGAUUUAAAUAUACACAAAGUAAUGAGCAGGGGACGGAACAGAGACCCUUUGCACCAGAAUUUUCACCAAGUUGAUGCUCUACCUCAUCAACGAACAUUGUGAUGCCAGGAAUUUUAGUACCUGGGUGGUGGUGGGUCACCUCGAGGUACACUCAAGGAAGAAGAGCCACAACAACUCUCCCUCAAGUGCCCAGACAGAGUGUGUUUGCUAGUCUGUACGUGCCAUUCCAUCCAGUACUCAUGUUGGGGGAAAAUGACUAUUGAACGGUAUAGGUACCCAAGGGAAAAUCAGCCAUCUAGAAGGUGCACUGAGGGAUCAAAACAAAGAGACAAAGCGAUAAAAACUAAGCUGGGAAACAUUAAGCCUUCGCUCUUCUUCAAUUCUUUGGUUCAUUCUUCCUCCUUUUCUUCACUCAUCUUGAAGCUAACUUUUGGUGCAGAUGCCCCUCUGGUUCAAGACGCCUCAUAUAUGGUACUUUGUUUUUGUGGCUCAGUUCAAUUUUCCACUUUUUCCCUCUUGACAUGAGCACUAGUGUGAAUGGUGUUUAUGGACUGCCAGACACACCCUACAAGAGUUUUGGUGGCUGCAUUCAAAGACAGAAAGACAGAUGAAGACCUGAGCUGGUGUACAGUGCCAUUCCAUUACUGUUCUGUCAGUGUCUUGUGCUAAAAGAAAAAAAGUACAUAUUGCGGUUGUGCUUCAUAAACAACAAUGGCAAAUUUAUUUUUAGCUCUACUUAACUUUGUAAUGAGAAAUGAAAAAAAAAGAGUAUGUAAUGUAGUUUUGCUCUGUGACUAACAAUAUUGGUAAAAUUUUCUCAGUGCAAGUCAAAAAUUAAUUAUAAAUCCCAUCUGUAGUGAUAGAGGCAUAGUGAAAAUUCAUGCAUUUUGCUCUGAAAAGUACAAUGUAGGCAAGAUUAUCUCAGAACAAGCCCCAAAAUUAAUUAUGAAUGCCAUCCAUAGUGAUAAAAGUCAUAGAAAUAAUACCAUUUUACUUAACUAACAGCAAUGGAAAAAUCAACUCUUGCUACUAAUUGAUUCUCUAAGAAAGACAAUAAUUAGCAGUACUGGCAAAAUUAUCUCUUUGCUACUCAUCUUCAUAAUGAAAAUAAGUUCAUAAUACCAUUUUGCUAUAGAAGUAACAAACGCCUCACAUUUCCUCGGCUUGAACCAUUCAGCUUCGUAACAGACUUGGUAACAGUAAAGCAGCUUUGCUCCAUAAAGAACAAAGUCGGUAAAAUUAUCUCAGAACCUCUCAGUUUUGUAAGACUCAGCAUAAUGAAUGCAAUUUUCCUCUAUGAAUAACAAAGCUGCUAAAAUUAUCUCCAUUUGAACCACUCAGCUUUUGUAACAGACUCGGUGAAAGAAAUGUAACUUAGAUAUAAAUGAUAACGUUAGAAUUAUCUCAGUAUGAAAAAAGGUAUUCCAAAUGCCAUCCAUUCUGAUACAGACAGUAAAAUGAACGCCACAAAGCUGACAAAAUCAGCCAAGUGUGAGUAAGUGUUAUUCCAGGUGCCAUCCAGCUAUUCUUGUAAGUGCAGAAUUUGUGUUUAAUUAAGAUUGCAUACAAUUCAAUUAUUCUAAGUCAACCAGUGAAGUUCAACCAAAAAUAAAUAAUUACAAAUACCAAUACUUUAAGCACAGAAUUCUUGUCAAGUUAACUAAGAUCCCGUCAGGUUCAGUUUAUCAGAAUCAGUAUAAUGGAACUCACCUCUCCAAGCCUUUACAAUACAAGGUCCAGCCAUUGUUUUUAAGUGCAGAACUUUUGUUAUAAAAACUCAGAUUACAUUUCAACUCAUUUGUUCAAAACGAGUCAAUUGAAUUCAACUAACUAUGCCUUUACAAUACAAGACAGCAAGACCUACAACAAUACUGAUCUGGAAAUGCCUCCAUGUAAUAGCAUCUCUGAAUGUCCCUCCUUCCAUUUCAUAGACACAUACUAACAUUUUCACCGUUGGAAAUACCACAAGCUGUGUACUGAGCCAGGGUGUGCUUGCCAAUCUGUACUUGCCACUCCAUGUAGCACUCAUAUCAGGGCACAAAAUGACUGGAAAACUGAGCCAAGGUACAACAAUUGACAACUCAGCAGUAUUUUUGUGUAGGAGUUGAUCUUAUGUAAUAGGUGACCCCCUCAGGCAAGGCUGUAACAUGUUCUAUGAAGGAAAACUUUAAUCCCUUAGAAAAUUAGUGUCCAUGUGAGAGUCAUCCAAUAGUAAGGUUGUAAGGGGUUAUGAAAAGUUGGGUCUUUCUUUUCACCUCCCUCUCUCUGUCCACAAAGUCCCUCCAGCCGUCCUUGUCAAUAUAUAUUUUUUUGUCACUCAACUUUCUCCGAUUUCUCUCCUCUCCUUUCUACUAUCUCCUCCACUUGGGUCUUCCUAUGGGUCAUCUUCUUUGUGGUACCCAUGCUAGUGCCUGUUUUGGAGAUCUCUCCUCGUCCAUUCUCUUUUGUGCAAAACAUAUGAAAUUCUGAAGAAAAUGCAAUGGUGGCAAGUUUGGAUAUUUCAUUAUAGGUAUUGGACUCAACUACAGAAAAGUUGGUCCCAUCUUUUGCACCUUCAUGUAUAGACCCUCAGGUAAACUACCGAGACUGACCCUGUGAACUUGCUUUCGAAAAAAUCCUUACAAAAAUUGGCUCAGAGAAGUAUCUAUGAUUUAGUCAAAGUUAAAACUGAUAAACAUUUUUAAUUUUGACAGUAGUUGAUUUUUAUGCUUCACCUUAAAUUUCCAGUCUUUCUUUUACCGUGGUAUGAGUGGCAAUAGGAGUGGUGCGUACAGGUGGGUGAGUGCACCCCGCAGUGGAGAAAUCUUGCUUAAGUAGAAGUGUGUGUGGGUUUGCUGCCGCCAGAGUACUGUACCUAUAUCAUUCCCUGCCUUACCAAGCACUCCUCAGUUUGCCUCACCCACUACAACAGUCGCUACAUGUAUGGAUGACGGUCAACUUUUUACAGCAUAUUACAGACUGCAGUAAACCCUCUAUUUAACGAACUAGUUUGGAAGUUCACCUAGUCAUUAUAUAUGAUAUAUACACUAUAUAUAUCCAAAGGUGUUGAUUUAUUGAAGGUAGCAUCUAUAUCUGUCUACUCUGAUUCACAUUCCUUGGAGUUCCCUUGAGGGGAGGCCAUGGUAAAAGACUCUAUUUGCUCCUAUCUCACACUCCAUCCUUGCCUUCUGUCCUCAUUUUUCUGUCCCUUCUUCUUUCAAGGUUCUGUAGCAAAUGAAAGCUAAAGAUAUCAUUCACAGUGAUUAAUUGCUUUGAUUUUAUUUUUACUGUUUAAAAAGUAUUGUUUUAAUAACAUGAAAGUAUUAUAAUAAAAGGCUAUAUAUAGCUACAAAUUGCCAAGUGUGUUUAUGUGGUUCGAUAAAUCCAAUUUUUGUUUAGUAGAGGUUUGUCAAAUAGAGGGUUUACUGUACUAGGAAAAAUACUGUACUAAUAAUAAUAAUAUAAUGUUCUCUCUGUAAGUUAAGAAUGUGAGGUGUGUGUGCACUAUAUUACUGUCACAAAAUAGUCUAGGACUCGAGGAUCAUACAUGAAUGUACAUACUAUAAAAAGUCCUCUUUCUAUGUAAUAGCCUUCACCUGCAAAGACUCUAUUCCCCGCCCCAGCGCCUCCCUCAAAGACAAGGCUCACAAGAUGCCGCUGCUUUGUCACCUCAUCCUCAUGGUGUAUUUAACUCAGAGGGGGAAAAUGACAUCAAAUGCACUUUUUAUCACCAACACACCAUAAAUGAUUGAUAAUGAUGACGACCAAAAAAUGAAUGUAUUCCUGCCCUCAGAGGAUAAGAGAAUGCAAGGAAAUACACUUUUUUAUCAGCAGCUGCACGCUACAACUAAUUGGUAAUGACUGAAUGAUGAGUGACACAGCUGCCCCCACCAAGCUGCCCCGAUGAAAAGGUUAAAGGCAAAGGAAUGAAGGUGCGGCCAUAUGAUGGAGCGAUGUUUUUGACGGAGCAGCUGCGACGGACUAUAGUUAAGGAUGUAGGCGUUAAGUUUUCAUUUUGUAUUUAUAACCAUAAGCUAAAGUCUCGCAUCUUUGAGUUGUUUCAGGCGUCAUACUGUUUACUGUCGACUUAACAAACUCAGAAUUCAUGGAGAUCACCACCAGCUGACAAAUUCCACAGGCCCCAACAUCAGUCUGUGGACUGCAACCAUUACUUGGCAAAGUGUUUGCUUCUCAGCGCUGCUACAGCUCUUUUUUUAUGCCUACUUCAGUGCAUACUUUAAGACCUUGUGCAUUAACGGACCUCCUCUCCCCCUUAUUUGUGCAAUAAGUCGAGAGCAAACAGUAUGUGAGUUUUGGUUAGCUUAGCCCCCAUGCAGCUUGUCUGAGUGGAGGAGGCAGAGGGCGGUCGUCCACAUAUCAGGUGACAGAACAGAACUCCCAAGUGUUCGCUCCAGGCCAUCUGAUAGCUCCGUAAUGGCACACUUCAUGUCUGUAUAAGUCAAUAUACAUAUAUAAAUAUAUAUAUGAUAUUUUCAUAUUAUUUGCUAGACUGGUUUGUAGUUUCCAAUAUAAAGCUGGCAGCCACAAAGACAUACCAUAAAUACGUGUAUGAAAGUUGAUCCCAUGUGACAGUCAACCCCAUGCAAGAACCCCCAUGGCUAUGAUAUACUAGAUUGAGGAAUCAGUUUAAUCUCCAGGAAAAUACUGAAUGUUCUAAUGUAAACAAUAAAAUUUUCUAAUGAUUUUUGGCUAAGUUUAGGGGUCAACCUUUUCUGGAGGGUUCAAAUUAUACCUCAGUGGAUCACAUCAUCCAUAGCCUUGGGGUGCUCACUUUUACAUGAGACUAUGACUUCUGCACGCGUAUAAUAUGGCACCAUAGAUACGCGAGUUAAAGUGUAUUCCAUGUUCCCCAAGGCUAUGGGAGGCGCAGCUGAGGAAUAAACUGAACCUCCUAGAAAAGUACCAAACAUACUUUGGUGGGAUUCAUAAUUUCAGAACAGUUUCUGAAUGCAAAGUUUGGUGAACCAGCUUCUACAUGGAUACUGCUUUGGUAGGAGGUUAAAAGUUAUUCCUCAGUUGAACAUUCUCAUAACCUUCGAGGGUCAACUUUCCCAUGAGAUUGACUUUGACAUGAGUAUAAUUUGGAAGCAUGGAGUCAGUCCCAUUAACCUGGCCUUAAGUAAAAAGAAUCUUCAGGAAAUGACUCUUACACAAGGUAUGUACAGUCAGCCAAAAAAGUAGCAAAUGGUCAUGGAUCAAUUGAAUAGAUUUUGAGCAAAAUCUACAGACUUGGUGUUGUGAUGGUUAGGUGGGCACCAGUGGGUAGACUCUAGCUAUUGGUACCCACCUAACCAAUACAACACCAUGUCUAAAGAUUUUGCUCAAAUUCUACCCCGUCAACCCACAGAUGUUCAAUACUUUUUUGGCGACUGUACAUUAGAUACAAAGCCUUCCUAGGAGGGACACACAGGUGGCAGCGCUCUCCUUGAUAUAUAUAUAUAUGUGUGUCGAAAAAUCAUGAGGCCUGAAGGACUAACAUAAUCUAAGCUAAAUGUACAUAAAGUGUUGUCUUCUAGCCAUCAAUGAAUGCUGUCCAAGAAAGGAAGAAAUGGAGAUUAAAUUGAUAUUCCAUCGUUCAUUCAGCCAGAAUCAUUUCAUCCAUUACUGACAUUCCCUUUUUUCCUGUUUAAGGAGUAGUUUUUUUCUUUCACUCAACUUGACAGCAUGGUAAAGUACAUCCCCAAGACUAUGGCUUUUCAGCUGAGGAAUAUGAUGCAACCCCUCGACAAGCAGUAUCCAUGUAUGAGCCGACUCUCUAAACUUGGCCUUCAAAAGUAUCGUAAAGAACGUUUAGCUUUUACACAACUAUGAACUGUAGGCUACUGGUGUAAAAUUAUCUCCCGAAAAAGUCAGCCCCACUCCCAAGACUAUAUGAUGUCUUUGGUUGAGAAAUAAAUAUUACCCCCUGAAAGUGUGGUGUGCCUAUAAGAGUUGGCCCUGUGACCAUGGCCUUGAAAUAAUCAUUUCAAAAUUUUGACUUUUCCACAAGCAUGUGCAGUUGUCACAGAUGGAUUUGAGGGUGCCUCGAGUAGUGGCUUCAAGUACACAUUAAUGUUGUCACCCUAGAAUAUUUAGUACCUAAUAUUGUUAUACUACUGACAACAGCAACAAAACCCUGUAAAUGACUGAAAAGUAAUACUUAUGUUUCUUUCAGAGCUGAUGUGAGUUAUUUUGCAGUUUUGGCAUCACACAAGUUACUGUUCAUUGCUUAUAACAUUCAUUUAAAUAUUGAACAUGCCGAGUGCUGAACAACCCCUAUAUAUGAUAGAUGAACAAGACUCAAUUCUGUGAGGCUGAACUGAAGCUUUGUGAGACAGUCGUUAACACAGUCACGUUUGUCAGCCCUUCCAUCCUUGGUUACGUGCAGCUUGUGUUCCAGUCCCUGUGUAUAUCAGUGUAAUUCUGACAACUGCGUGUGUACGUGCUAUUCAUAUGUAUUUAACUUUGUGAUAUGUACAACUGAUUUUAAUAAGACACAUAUAUU